AUGUUGAUCAAGGAAAGCGGAAUCGAUUUAUUGAGUCUACCACCGAUAAGGUUGGGAGAGGAGAGGGAAAUUCAUUAUGAAGCGGUGACGACGUCUAUAAAGAAAGCACUUCGACUUCAUCGUGCCAUCCAAGCUAAAGAUGGUCACUGGCCUGCUGACUAUGAUGCCCCCUUGUUCAUCACCCCACCCCUUCUUAUUGUCUUAUACAUCAGUGGAACCAUCAAUACACAUUUAACAAGUGAACACAAGAAAGAAAUGAAGCGUUAUAUCUACAACCAUCAAAAUAAAGAUGGGGGAUGGGGAUUUCACAUCGAGGGGCACAGCACCAUGAUGGGAUCUGCAUUGAACUAUGUAGCACUACGACUAUUAGGAGAAGGACCAGAUGACGGAAAUUGUGCAGUAAGCCGAGGCAGGAAGUGGAUACUUGACCAUGGGGGUGCAACCUGUAUUCCUUCUUGGGGCAAAAUUUAUCUUUCUGUGCUCGGAGUGUAUGAAUGGGACGGUUGCAACCCCCUACCACCAGAAUUUUGGCUUUUCCCUGAAGCGUUUCCUUUUCAUCCAGCGAAAAUGUGGUGCUAUUGCCGAACAGCCUAUAUGCCCAUGUCUUACUUGUAUGGGAAAAGGUUCCAUGGUCCGAUCACUGAAUUUGUUCUCCAGCUUCGAAAAGAGAUGUAUUCUAUCCCAUAUGACGAAAUAAAUUGGAAUAAACAUCGCCAUAAUUGUUGCAAGGAAGAUCUCCUUUACCCUCAUUCUACAGUCCAAGAUCUUUUGUGGGAUGGUCUUCAUUACUUUGGUGAGCCGGUCUUUAAAUAUUGGCCUUUCAAGCAACUACGAGAAAGAGCUUUAAAAAGAACGAUUGAGUUGAUUCGUUAUAGCGCCCAAGAAAGUAGAUACAUAACCACAGGAGCUAUUGAAAAGUCCUUGCAAAUGAUGGUUUGGUGGGCAGAGAACCCAAGUGGUGAUGAGUUCAAGCACCACCUUGCUAGAUUGCCUGAUUACUUAUGGCAAGCAGAAGAUGGAAUGAAGGUGAUGCCGAGUGGUGGUCAAUUAUGGAAUUGCGCGCUUUCAACUCAGGCAAUAAUUGCUAGUAAUAUGGUCGAAGAGUAUGGGGAAUCUCUGAAAAAGGCCCAUUUCUUUAUCAAAGAAUCUCAGGUCAAAAAUAAUCCGGCUGGAGAUUUUACUAAAAAGUGUCGGCAAGUUACUAAAGGGUCAUGGACAUUCGCCCAAGAUGAUGGAUGGGCGGUCUCAGAUUGCACAUCCGAAGCACUGAAAUGUCUUCUGUUACUAUCUCAAAUGCCAGUUGAAAUUUCAGGCGAACAAGAUGGUAACAUUGAGCGAUUAUAUGAUGCUGUUAAUUUCAUCCUUUUUGUACAAUCUCCUACCAGUGGAGGAUUUGCUAUCUGGGAGCAACCAGUCCCACAACCAUAUUUAGAGAUGUUGAACCCUUCAGAGAUGUUUGCCGACAUUGUUGUUGAAAGAGAGCAUCUCGAGAACACGGCAUCGAUCAUCCAAGCUCUGGUAGCGUUCAAACGUUUGCAUCCAAAACAUAGGGAGAAAGAAAUAGAAAAUGUUGUGUCAAAAGCAGUGCGUUUUCUUGAGAAAAGACAACGCCCUGAUGGUUCAUGGUAUGGCUACUGGGGGAUAUGUUUUCUAUAUGGCACGUGCUUUGUUCUAAGAGGCUUAGAAGCCGCUGGAAAGACAUAUGACAACUGUGAAGCAGUUCGUAAAGGAGUCAAGUUUUUGCUUUCAACACAAAAUGAAGAGGGUGGAUGGGGAGAAAGCUACAAGUCUUGUACUAGAGAAGUAUACACACCUUUGUUUGCAAAUCGGACAAACCUAGUUCAAACUUCAUGGGCCAUGCUUGGUCUCAUGUCAGCUGGACAAGUUGAACGAGACCUAACACCGUUACAUAAAGCAGCAAAACUGUUGAUCAAUGCACAAAUGGACAAUGGAGAUUUUCCUCAGCAGGAGUUCACUGGAGUCUCCAUGAAGAAUUGCAUGCUGCAUUAUCCGCUAUACAGGAAUAUCUUCCCAUUACUAGCACUUGGAGAAUAUCGUAGACAUAUUUGGGCUUGCUAAAAUAUUAAAGUCAUCACUGAAGUUCAAAACAUGAAUAAUGGGACUAUAAAAUUGUGUGCACAUGACUACCCAAUCUCCAAAAAUUAACGUACUCUAGUGUGAU